AUGCUUAAUGAGGCAAGUGACGAGCUGGUGAAUGGAAAAUUCGUCGAUCGACAGAAAAGAGCCGGAUCGGUGUCGAGUGGGAAAAGCAAGAAAUCAAAACGAAACGCGAAGAAGAAAAGAGCUCGACGGUGGACAUGUUUGGUGGAAUCGCUGAAAACGAGCACCGAUUAUUUGUACGAGUUUUGCCAUAACGAGAAGAGUGUUGAAGGAUGCAAGGACGCGAUCAUGUACUUGACAAACUCGGUGAGGGAUUUUGAGGCGCUGAUCAAAUCGAUUGAAGUCGAGAAUGAUUUCGAAAAUCUCAAGGAGAAAACCGGACGCCCAAAUGUUGCGUGGGAGAUUCGGAAAACGAUGGGCUCACCGUCGCACGUGCUGAUGGAUCGACUCGUUCAACCGAAUGGACCGCCAUUCAUUCUGAUCAAUGAGAAGAAACAGGAAAUGGCACAGAAAGAGGCACAAAUUGGCUACGAGGAUAACGAUGAGAAUGGCUGGAAAGUUGUGCAACGACGGAAAAGGAGUGUCUCAAGCGUAACCACACAGAGUUUAGUGGAUGAGAAAGAGAUGACGCCGGAAGAAGUCGAAUCGAUAAUCCCUCCAAAACAAUCCGUCUACGAUCGUCUCUACUCUUCCGCCGUGAAAAGCCGUGAUGGACAGCCAUCAACCUCGAAUGUGUUCACUUCGUCACGCGGUGGAGCCACAUCGGGUCGGCUGAUGUGCCCACGAAGUGUGAUGGAUUUGCCGCAAACGAGGGCAUCGAUGGCUAAAAUCGCGUACAGCCGACAAAAACUGUGGCAACAACGCGCACAAACGACACUCGCCGAGAAAUUCAAGGAGAGGCAAAAGUUGUAUCGGAAAGAAGUACAGGAGAAGAGAGCUCAAACCCGUUGUGGGCUAAACUUUGCCGAUCCAGUUGCUGUCAAAAAAGCCGCACAAGAUUUCAUCGAAAAGAAGAGAAAGAUAAGGGAAGCCGCUUCUGCAAUCGAUUUGCGAAGUCUUGGAUCAAUAUGUGAGACGGGUGAAGAGGCAGAUGCUAUUCCGGCUGACCCAAAGCCAAGUGAUCAACAAAAUAUGGAUUUGGAGAGGAUACGUCCCCUGAGAGUCCCAUUGCCACCAGCUUCUUGGCACGGUGUGCCGUUGGAUCUAGAGGAUUCGGUGGAAUGGCGUGAAAUGACCGAAGAGGAAGAGAGUUUAGCAAACGAGGAACGAUCGUUGACAAGAGAACUUGAAAAUGAGGAAAGUAUCUCAAUCGAUGAGGAAAUCGAGCGUCACGUGGCCGCUGAUGAGGACGAAAUUGAAGAGAAUCAGGAAAGCGUACAAGAAACGGGAACCCAGACAGUCGAGCCGCAAACUUUCGCAGAAUGUUUAAAGAAUUGGGAUGCCAAAAUGUACGCAAGUUUCCCGUGGUGUGAGGUGUUUGACGACGAUUUCACUGGACAUUACAAAGAGCCGGGAGAGGAGACAGCAAAAUUGGAGAAGUUGAGCAGUCCGAGGAAGAGAGACAUUUCCAAUUUGCAAGAGAAAACCUUGCUAAGACAGCAACGAGCCGAAGAGUUACGCCAGCAAUUGCUUGAGGAAAAAGCUCAACGAUUGAAGGAUUUAUCGAAAAAGAUUGAUGAGAUCCGAACCCGACAGGCUGAGAUCUACGAGCGAAAGAUGGAUUUGUACGCGACAAGCAUGGAGAGUCAUGAAGAGAAAAGAAACAAGAAUAUAGCCGAGAUUGUGAAAAAAGCGAAAGAUGAUGAUCAGAGGGUACAAGAGGUGAUCUUUUGUAAUACGGUUGAAGCUGAUUUGUCGGCACAUGAGAAAGAGAUUCGGGAGAAGGUGAAAGAGAAAGAAUUUGAGAAGAGAAAAGAUCGGAUCGCGAACGAGAGACAGAAGAGACACGGAGAGAAAGUGGCAAAAGAGCAAGCUGCAGAGGAGCGUCGAAAAGUGGCUGAACAGGAAAGAGUUGCACGAUUGCAAGAAUUGGCUGAAGCUAAACAAGCCCGCUCGUCUUUGGUUGAAGCACAACGGGAAGAGCUGGAGAAAGGAAGGAGAGAACGUCGCCGCCAACGAGAAGAGCGCUUCGAAUUGACGAAAGCGGCAGAGAUCGAGAAAAAGAGCAACGAGCAAAAGAAGAAACAGAUCAAAUUUGACUCAUCGAUCCGCAGACACGAGCAAACGAUUGAAACGGUGCGGGCAAAAGCGCACGAAUUGGCCAACGCAAAGGUCUUUGCUAGAUGGGAAGCGCUGACGAAUGCGAGUGCCUGGCCGAGUCAAUCGACGUCGAAACAAUGGUUAUGCAUACGAUGCAAUAUUACGUUACACUCUGAGCUUGAAAUCAUGGCCCACAUCAUCGGCCAAACUCAUCUCGACGCCUGGAAAACGAAAGCUCUCGAUGUGACGCAUCACAAAUUGGCCAUGGAGUUCUGCGAGUCGGUCUUUGAGGGUGACUCGACGCAGACAUCGCUUUCAACUUCCAUUGUCAUUGAAGAGGCUUUAGAUAAGAAAAAGAUCCAGAAAGCUAGACAGAAAAUCACACAACGAGUGAAGAAAUGCUAUGAACAAGUGAAAGAAUCCACACCGUACAAGGAGCAGCUGAAGAUCAAAGUCAAGGAUCGCAGCAUCCGCGAUUUGCAAGCGAGUUUAAACAACGAGAGACAACAAAGGCCAAUGGAGCACGCGAUCAUCGACUUGAUCAAACAAUUCAACGCCGAUGAUCAAUUGCCGGGUCAACUCUUUGCUUCUGGACUUUUACGAGCCAUUGCUGAGCACAUUCCAUCGUUGGCUGCAACCAUUGAUCAAGAGAGAAUCCGUGCCAAACUCUUCCAACUGCUCACCCUCAUGUGCGACAAGCAUCCAAUGGCUUCUUUGUACCUCUUCACUUGCACAAAUCUUCCCAUUUGGUUUGCGGAUCAAAUGAGCGCUUUGGCGAAGAGUGUAAAUGUGGAAAAACUCUUGGAACUGCUAGAGCUUUGGGAAGGAUUUAUUCCAAAAAGUGUCAAAUUGGAUAAAAGUUACGAAAUCGAUCAGAGGGAGAUCGCGAUCCGUGUGGACAUGUUUGUUGGGUACUGUUUGACUCUAAAUGUGCCAGCCGAUUUGGACUCUCUGAUCACGAAACUGAUGCUGAGCUGUGAGAACUUGAGCCUCGUUGAGCGUUUGUACAAAUUUGCGCAAAAGCUCAAUGAUGUGUCGAUGUCGGAGAGCACAAUCGAGUUCAUCAACAAGUUGAUCGAUCCACUGCUUAUUGGCAUCAUUGAGCAAAUGCAGCUAGCUGGAUCGGCCAUGGAAACGUCGACCGCUUCGUCGAUUGAGGAGAGUAACACCGUAAUCCCUCAACUGCACGAUAAUCCGUACUGUUUGAUAGCGUUGGCAUUUUGCUCGAGGCUGAAAGAAGUCGAUUUUAAGAAAUCCUUCUGCAACAACGAUUCUCGUUUCAUGCGAUUGGGUCUGAUCCUCUCAAAAUGUAUCCACUUCACUUCUGAUCAAAAUCCUCUCCGCAAUUCCGAUUUCUAUGCCCAAUUACCUGUUUAUAAGGGAUUGCCUUCUGCAAAAAUGGCAUCCAUUGUGCUAGUUGGACGGCUGACCGUGUUGAGCCCGAGUCAUCAGCUCCUCUUUCAACUUGGCGGCUCAAGUUCGACUCUAGCUACGUUGUGUCAAUUGCCGAUUCAAUAUUAUACAAAGAAACCCUCUCGUGAGCUGAUCGUGAUGGCGAUUGCUUUGAUCGCGCGAAACUCUGUUUCCGGAAUAGAUUUGAUCAAGCAACAUCUUGGCAUUGAAUGGAUCAGCAAAAGUUUAGAGCUCUCUACUAGUCAGCCACGAUUCCAAAGCUACAGUUUCUCCAAAGAUGAUCUUUCUUCAAUGAUUCAAUUCUUUAAUUCAAAUCUC